UCCAAGAAUAUAUAUUCAAGAAAUGGAUGAUAAUGGAGAAAAAUCAUCAACAAUUAAAGGAGAUGAGAAAGUUGCAUUCUACAAAUUAUUUAGUUUUGCACAUAGAGUUGAUAUUGCACUAAUGACCAUUGGAACUAUUGGAGCCAUUGGUGAAGGAUUAACUCAACCUUUAAUGACACUCAUUUUUGGCCAAAUUAUUAAUUCUUUUGGUACUCCUUCAUCUUCCAAUGAGGUUCUUCAUAAAGUCUCAAAGGUUGCCAUUUACUAUGUCUAUCUCGCUAUUGCGUCGGCCAUUGCUUGCUUUUUACGUAAGUCAAAAUGCGUAAGCUUACCAAUAAAUAUUAGUAUUACAGAGAUGUCAUGUUGGAUGGUCACUGGAGAGAGACAAGCGACUCGAAUUCGGGGACUCUACUUGAAGACAAUAUUGAGGCAGGACAUUGCCUUCUUUGACACUGAAACAACAACUGGAGAAGUCAUUGGAAGAAUGUCUGGAGAUACUAUUCUCAUUCAAGAUGCCUUGGGUGAUAAGGUUGGGAAGUUUGUUAAGCUUCUCUCGACAUUCGUUGGAGGCUUCAUAAUCGCCUUCUCAAAGGGAUGGCUUCUCUCACUAGUCUUGGUUUCUUGCAUUCCUGCUCUUGUCAUUGCUGGAGGAGCCAUGGCAUUGAUCAUGUCCAACAUGUCAAGCCGCGGACAGAUUGCUUAUGCAAAAGCUGGAAAUGUAGUUGAGCAAACUAUUGGAGCAAUCAGAACAGUUGCAGCAUUCAAUGGAGAGAAGCUGGCGAUAAAUAAGUACGACAACACACUAAAAAUUGCCUAUGCUUUUACUGUCCAACAAGGACUUGUUUCAGGAGUUGGACUUGGUACAUUCUUACUCGUUCUUUUAUCUACUUAUGGACUUGCCAUUUGGUAUGGUUCUAAAAUGGUAAUAGAGAAAGGUUAUCAUGGUGGAGAUGUCAUCAAUGUUCUCAUGGCUAUAAUGAUCGGUGGAAUGUCACUAGGCCAAACUACACCUUCAUUGAAUGCAUUUGCAGCAGGACAGGCUGCAGCUUACAAAAUGUUUGAGACAAUCAACAGAAAACCUUUGAUUGACGCAUCUGACGUGAGUGGGGUUGUGUUGGAACACAUCGAGGGUGAAAUUGAGCUUAAAGAUGUGUAUUUUAGAUAUCCAUCCAGGCUAGAUGUGCAAAUAUUUAGUGGAUUAUCACUUGUUGUUCCUAGUGGCAAAACUGUAGCUUUGGUUGGGGAAAGUGGAAGCGGGAAGUCAACUAUUAUCAGUUUAUUGGAGAGAUUCUACGAUCCUGAAGCUGGAGAAGUACUCAUAGAUGGUGUCAAUUUGAAGAAAUAUCAACUCAAAUGGAUCAGGCAGCAGAUAGGAUUAGUAAGCCAGGAGCCUAUCCUGUUUGCAACUACCAUAAAGGAGAAUAUCAGUUAUGGUAAAGAAAACGCUACUGAAGAAGAGAUUAACACAGCUAUUGAGAUUGCUAAUGCUGCUAAUUUCAUUAAAAAACUACCCCAGGGGCUAGACACUAUGGUAGGUGAGCGUGGAACACAACUAUCUGGUGGUCAAAAGCAAAGACUGGCAAUAGCAAGGGCUAUUCUAAAGAACCCAAAAAUACUACUCCUCGAUGAAGCUACAAGUGCACUUGAUGCUGAAUCAGAGCAAAUUGUGCAAGAAGCACUUGAGAAAGUUAUGGAGAAAAGAACAUCUGUGGUUGUUGCUCAUCGUCUAACAACCAUCAGAAAUGCUGAUCUUAUAGCUGUACUGCACGCUGGCAAACUACUAGAGCAAGGAAAUCACGAUAAAUUGAUGCAAGAUCCAAAUGGGGCAUAUUCACAGCUUAUGCAAAUGCAGGGAGGCAUGGGAAGCUAUGAAGAUGAUAACAUGAUUAUGAAAAAUAUGGACCCUGACAAGGUAAAUACAACCAUGAAUUUGGACUACAACAUGACCAGGUCAUCAAGCCAGCAAUUGUCAGCAGUGAAGCAAUCAACAAGCCAUGGAUCCUCUAGACAUUCCUUCACACUCAGCUAUCCUAGUCGGGGGACGACUGAUAUUCAUGAAGCUGCAACAGGAGAUGCGGAUAAGAAAAAAGAUGAUGAGCAAAGUUUAAAGAAUCGAAAUAAAGUUCCUAUUAGGCGGCUUGCUGAACUAAACAAACCUGAGUUUCCAUAUGUACUACUUGGAUCAUUGGCUGCAAUUAUUCAUGGCCUACUAAUGCCCUUAUUUGGGCUCUUGCUGUCAGAGGCCAUUAAAUCCUUCUUUAACCCUCCACAUAAGUUGCGAAAUGAAUCGAGAUUCUGGGGACUCAUGUUCUUUGGCCUCGGUGUGGUAACUUUUCUGGUUGUACCUUUCGAGAAUUAUUUAUUUGGAGUUGCAGGGGGGAAAUUGAUCGAGAGAAUCCGUUCUUUGACAUUUAAGAAAGUAGUCCACCAAGAAAUCAGCUGGUUUGAUGACCCUGCAAAUUCAAGUGGUGCAGUAGGUGCAAGGUUAUCAACUGAUGCUUCUACAGUCAGGACACUUGUGGGUGAUGCUUUGGCACUUACUGUACAAAGCACGGCAACUGCAUUAGGCGGUCUCAUGAUAGCCUUCACUGCUAAUUGGAUUCUAGCGAUUAUCAUUCUUCUUGUAUUACCCUUAAUUUGUGUGCCAGGAUUUUUACCGGCCAAGUUGUAUGAAGGCUAUAGUGCUGAUGCUAAGGUGAUGUAUGAAGAAGCUAGUCAAAUAGCAAAUGAUGCUGUUGGUAGUAUUAGAACAGUGACGUCAUUCUGUGCAGAAGAAAAAGUGAUGGACAUGUACCUAAAGAAAUGUGAAGGCCCAAUGAUGAAAGGAGUAAAGAUCGGAAUUGUCAGUGGAGCAAGCUUAGGUUUUGGUUCUUUUACACUCUACUGUACGAUUGGCUUUUGUUUCUUCAUUGGAUCUGUCCUAAUCGAACAUAGGUUAGCUACAUUUGGCCAAGUCUUUAAGGUUUUCUUUGCAUUGACAUUCGCAGCCGUUGGAGUUACUCAAAGUACUGGAAUUGCUCCAAAUGUUAACAAAGCCAAAGAUUCUAUAGCUUCUAUAUUUGACAUUCUUGAUAGAAAAUCCAAGAUUGACUCAAGUUCUGAUGUUGGCACUACUCUAGCUUUUGUUCGUGGAGAUAUUGAACUCAAACAUGUGAGUUUCAGGUAUCCAACUCGCCCGGAUGUCCAAAUCUUCAAGGAUUUAUGUUUAACUAUCCCUUUUGGAAAGACUGUUGCUCUGGUGGGGGAGAGUGGAAGCGGGAAAUCAACUGUCAUUAGCCUAAUAGAGAGGUUCUAUAAUCCUCAAUCAGGAGAAAUACAUUUGGAUGGUGUGGAAAUCAAACAAUUCAAGUUGAGUUGGCUAAGGCAUCAAAUGGGCCUGCUGAGUCAAGAACCAGUAUUAUUUAACGAGACAAUUCGUGACAACAUUGCCUACAGCAGACAAGGGAAAGCAACAGAAGAAGAGAUCGUUCAAGCAGCAAAAUCAGCAAAUGCACACAACUUUAUAUCCUCACUGCCUCAAGGAUUUGAUACAGAGGUUGGGGAAAGAGGGAUACAAUUAUCUGGUGGACAAAAGCAAAGAAUAGCUAUUGCACGAGCAAUAUUGAAGGACCCAAAGAUCCUUUUGCUGGACGAGGCAACAAGUGCAUUAGAUGCAGAAUCAGAGCGCAUAGUACAAGAAGCAUUGGAUGGAAUAAUGGUAAAUAGGACAACCGUGGUUGUAGCUCAUCGCUUAACCACAAUUAGAGGGGCUGAUAUCAUUGCUGUGAUGAAGAAUGGAGUGAUUGUUGAGAAAGGAAGACAUGAUGUUCUUAUGAAUAUAGAAGAUGGAGUUUAUGCAUCCUUAGUAGCAUUGAGUAUGACUUCAGCCUGAUUACUGAAAUCAGGAUCACUUUCUUCAUCAUGGGAUCAAAACUUGGAUAGUGUCUCUGUGCAGUGCAUUUAGCAUCCGUAACGUAUGUCCUCUUUUUUACAUUUAUAAUUCUGCAAUGCACAUAUUAAUCACUGUUAGAAAAUUGAUGUUGAAAUGCCAAAUUAUAAAAAACUGAUCAAAACUUUGAAAAAGCAUAUGAGGAUAAAAAAGCUAGGCGACAUGAAAUCAACUCUGUGUUUGGUUUGUUUAUACAUAAUACGGUGAAUGCAAAUUCUCGUCCUUCU